AUGUCCUUAAAAAAUUUUUCUGAUGAAGACUUGUAUUUAGAUAAACCACAUAUAUCACUAGGUGAAGGAUCAAAUUUAAUUUCAAAUAAAGAAUUAUUCUCAUUUGAUGAUGAAAGAAGAUCUUUAUCGCUAGAUGAAGGGCUUUAUUUGCCAUUAGAUAGUGAAUCUUUUCUGACUAAUGAACUUUCAUCAGAAAAUGAAUAUUCUUUAAAUAAUGCACCUUCUUUAAAUGAAGAAUCACCUAAUAUUUUACAUAUGUUUACUCAAAAUAAAAGAAAAAUUAGUAAAUUACCCAAUAUUAAUACUAAAAAAAGGUCUAAGCCAGGGAAAAGUUGG